UUCAUGCGCACGCGUAUUGCGCAGUGGAAGCCAUGUUAAACUUAUUGAAGUAGAGAUUUUUCCCUACGCCGUUGUUUUUUAGUGUAUUUCUUCAAGGGUUUUAAAUUGGUGUCCCAAAAACAAACCUAUCGGAUUGCAAAACGGGGGUUCAGAUGAUGAAUUCCAAUUUUGACCUCUCCAGGCGAAAUCCGCAGGAGGAUUUCGAGCUAAUUCAGAGGAUAGGAAGCGGCACAUACGGAGAUGUCUAUAAGGCACGAAAUGUCAACACUGGGGAACUGGCAGCCAUUAAAGUCAUCAAGCUGGAACCGGGUGAGGAUUUUGCUGUGGUGCAGCAGGAGAUCAUCAUGAUGAAGGACUGUAAGCACUCCAACAUCGUGGCAUAUUUCGGCAGCUAUCUCAGGAGAGAUAAAUUAUGGAUAAGCAUGGAGUACUGUGGAGGAGGAUCUCUGCAGGAUAUUUAUCAUGUGACGGGGCCUCUGGUGGAACCACAGAUAGCCUACAUGUCCCGAGAAACUCUACAGGGUUUAUAUUAUCUCCACAACAAAGGAAAAAUGCACAGAGAUAUAAAGGGAGCAAAUAUCUUAUUAACAGACAACGGGUAUGUGAAACUAGCCGACUUUGGCGUCUCGGCCCAGAUCACUGCCACGCUAGCCAAGAGGAAGUCCUUCAUCGGCACCCCCUACUGGAUGGCCCCAGAAGUGGCUGCGGUGGAGAGGAAGGGUGGCUACAACCAGCUCUGUGACAUCUGGGCCGUGGGCAUUACUGCCAUCGAGCUGGCUGAGCUGCAGCCCCCCAUGUUCGACCUACAUCCAAUGAGGGCUCUCUUCUUGAUGACAAAAAGUAACUUCCAGCCACCCAAGUUGAAAGACAGAGUGAAGUGGUCAAACAAUUUUCAUCAUUUUAUUAAAAUGGCCUUGACGAAAAAUCCAAAGAAAAGGCCAACAGCCGAAAAACUGCUACAGCACCCCUUCAUCUCACAGCCCCUGACUCGCACUCUGGCCAUCGAGCUCCUGGACAAAGCCAGCAACCCCGACCACACGCACUACCCCGACUUUGACGACGAUGACCCUGAGCCUGAGAGUCCUGUGGCAGUGCCACAUCGAAUCCGUUCCACCAGCAGGAGUGCCCGGGAGGGGAAGACGCGGUCCGAGAUCAACUUUGACCAAGUGCAGUUUGACCGCCCCCUCAGGAAGGAUACGGAGCCUCAUUAUGAGCCGCCUGACUCUGACGAUUUUUUGGACUGUGUGGAAGAAAUGUACUACACUGCAAGAUCUAAUCUGGACAUCCCACUGGACCCUGCUGAUAGCCCCCAGGGCAGCUCCCUCCUGACAACAAACAAGAGUCUUCUGAAGUCUGUCGAUGAGGAACUGCAACAGAGCUCCUCCAGCUCAACUAUGAGACCCAAGUGUCCCCCGCCGCUGCCCCCAAAGCCAAAAUCCAUCUGCAUCCCUCAAGACAGUCCUGGAGGGGACGACAGCACUAUCAAGCGCUGUCCCUCAUCGGAAAGCCCCGUCAGGCCCGCCUCCUGCGUGCCCCCCCGGCCCCCACCCCCCCGACUGCCCCUCCACAAGCGCAGCAGCCUAGGCAAUGGAGUUAGCCCCUCUCAGGUGAAUGGAGAGAAGGCCCGUGCCGGGGGGGAGAGACAGUCCACCAUGCCCCCUACUGUCCCCAUACGGAAGGACAAGAAGGACCUUCCGAAGCCAAUCAGUAACGGCCUUCCACCCACCCCCAAGGUUCAUAUGGGAGCUUGUUUCUCCAAGGUCUUCAAUGGCUGUCCAUUAAAAAUACACUGUGCCACCUCCUGGAUCAACCCAGACACGAGGGACCAGUAUUUGAUUUUCGGAGCAGAGGAAGGGAUUUACACCCUGAACCUGAACGAGCUGCACGAGACCUCCAUGGAGCAGCUGAUUCCUCGCCGGUGUACCUGGCUCUAUGUCAUGAACAACAGUUUGCUCUCCAUAUCUGGAAAAGCCUCCCAGCUGUACUCUCAUAGUCUGGCAGGCCUGUUCGAGCACGCUCGGCAAAUGCAGAAGUUACCGGUCGCCAUUCCUACUCAUAAACUUCCAGACAAAAUGAUUCCCAGGAAAUAUUCCAUAUCCGUUAAGAUUCCAGAUACAAAAGGAUGCCAAAAAUGCUGCGUAGUGAGGAAUCCAUACACAGGUCACAAAUACCUGUGUGGGGCCUUCCAGUCCAGUGUGGUUCUGUUUGAGUGGGUUGAGCCCAUGCAGAAGUUCAUGCUCAUCAAGACCAUGGAGGUGCCUCUGCCGUGCCCUCUGGAGGUGUUUGAGAUGCUGGUGGUGCCCGAGCAGGAGUACCCACUCAUCUGCAUGGCUGUCAGCAAGGGCUCGGAGCAGAGCCAGGAGGUGCACUUUGAGACCGUCAACCCCAACUCCACCUCCUCCUGGUUCACCCAGUCAGACGCGCCACAGUCCUGUGUAAUCCAUGUCACUCAGCUGGAGAGAGACACGAUACUGGUCUGCCUCGAUCGCUGCAUUAAGAUAGUGAAUCUGCAGGGGAGACUGAAGUCCAGCAGGAAGCUGUCUGCGGAGCUGACCUUCAACUUCCUGAUUGAGGCCAUAGUGUGUCUCCAGGACAGUGUUCUGGCCUUCUGGAAGCAUGGCAUGCAAGGGCGAAGCUUCAAAUCUAACGAGAUCACACAAGAAAUUUCCGACAACACAAGAAUUUUCCGGCUAUUAGGAUCUGACAGAAGCGUCAGUACAGCAGAGGGUACAGGGAAUGAUGAUCCCAGGUGUCUGUCCAGAGUUGUGGUGCUGGAGAGCCGACCAACAGACAACCCCACGGCAGACAGCAACUUGUACAUCCUGGCUGGACACGAGAACAGUUACUGACCGCACUGCAUCAUGGGAAUGGAGCUCACUGCAGAGAACACUACUCACCUAGCAACAGAGCAAGAUCUGCUACUUAGCAUGCUUACUUCCCGCUUUCCAUUUUCUUCAUUCUAAUAUUUUUUAUUUAUUGUAGCAUGUAACAAAGAUGCAGAGGACAUUUCUUUUUUCAUUAUGAUUAUAAUGAUAAUUUUUUGUGUUGCCAUUCCGCUCGUAUCUUCUCUUCCACGCAAGUGCAAAAUUGACUUAUAUUUAAUUGUAAAUAUAAAUAUAGUAUUUUUUGAAGGAAGUGAAACUACACUAAAGACUGGUUAUGUAGAUAUUGGUGCAUAUAUGUUGUACAGGGGUCCAGACUGUACAUUUGUAAAGGUUGCUGCGUGUUGGAAAUUGUUAUUGGGGUACUACUUCAAAAAGGGCUGGUCUGGCUAAGUCCUAAUUUGUGAGGUGCAGUUCUAUAAAAGUAUUUGUUGCAGUGAGAAGCAGAGGACAUGUCAACCCUAAUGACACAGAUGUAUAUUUUCUAAUGAUAUGAUUUGCGAAUAUUAAAUAAUUCUUAAUUUUAAAGCUUUUAAUCUUAAGCCAUUUACCAUAUAGAUUAUUUGUGUUUCAAUUCUGUGGAAUACACUGGUGUAAGAAUUUGCACAAAAUGGCUUUGAAAAAUGUGAUUUUAAUGUAUAUAUCUGUGUUAAUUAAUGUGUAAACCAUAUACUUACAUGCAGUAUAUAGUAGGUAUAUGUGGAUUUACAUAUGUGGUGUGUGUAUACAUGGGUAUACACAUCUUUAUGCAUAGGUAUGUACUCACAAGCUGUGACACCGAUGUUGUGUUUCACUAUAGAUUAUAAAAUGAGCAGUAACAGGUUCUGUUCCUGACAGAACUGUAAUAAGCCCUACAUUGGAGGUUUUAAGGUUAAACACUUUUUCCACAGCUGAGGUAAGUUGUAGGGCAUUACAUUACAGUGGUACCAAUAGUCUUGAUUAUUUUAAGUAGUAAUUCUCAAAAGCUCUUUACAAUUAUGUAGACCAGUCUAGAGAGCGAGAAUGAGAGAGAAACAUGCCUUUCUGUUGGUCAUAGCUGUGAGGUUAAGUUUGUCUGUUUUAUUUUUUUAUGUUAUGCCAAAAUAUGUGUCUUUUUGAAGAUAUGGCCAAAAUGAGUUGCGUGUCUCUACCUCGUGCAAUGUUGUCUUAAAAAUAUGGAUUCUUUUGAAUGCCAGUUGGUAAAUCGACUUGAUAUUGUCUGUACGUGAAGAUAGUAAAAUGCACACUACGCAAUUAUUGCAAUGGAAUCUCUUUCCACAACUUGGAGGUGUAAAAAUUACAAACUAGUUCUUUUCUGCAAUGUUAACAUUUUCAUGCAAUGCAUUAUGUAUAUACUGUAAAAUAAAAAAUCAAUUGAUUUUA